AUGCUUGCGCAUCCUCGCCGUCUCGACGACUCCCUCCCGACCCCAGGCUCUCUGCAACCACGUCUCGUCCGGACCCAAGACGUACCGGCACCACGGCAACAAGGCGCCGAGCGACCCAGGCCGUCAUCAUCAAGACUGCGUUUCACACUGACCGUGCUCGACAGCCUCGAGCCACCGCUGCCAGCAUCCCCUCUGCCCGCUCACGGAGCGCCGGCUGCACCGCGGCAGUCGUUUUGGAAAGCUGCCUGGCCUGCUUGUCCCGACGAACGCGAACCCGGCCCCGGCCCCGGCCCCAGGCGCUCUCUGAUCUGGGCGGCCCGGGAAAAAGGCUGCUUCGCACGCUCCGCGCAAGGACUCGGAAGAACCAGAGCCCCCCCCGUCUCAGUGAGCGGGGACUGCGAUCGAGUUCGUGGGCUUUGA